UAAGGGCUCGAUCUCUAUGGAAACGACAUUUUAUUUGUAGUCUCAUGUUUUAGGGUUAUUUUUUUGCAUUAUAUUUGUUGUUGUUGGUGGUGUUUAUUUUUUACUUUUCUUUUAUUAAUCCAUAUCUAUUUUUAUAAUUUAAACAACCAACAACCUAACUGACUAACGUUUGGCUAACGCUGUUGCUAACUUAUCCUUAAAUUUGUUUGCUAAUUUUCCACACAUGGCAGACGGUUGGAACACAGAUACGGGAGAAGCUGUUUAUCGGUCACAGGAUGUUGUCAAAAACUUGAAAAUAAAAGUUCGCAUUGAGAGGGUGACCUCCACAGCAGCCCUCUCUCAGCACUUCCAGCAGCAGGUUCUGUCCCAGCAGGAAGGGGGAGAUAUUGAAUUAAAAACACUUUCGUCGCCGGCUCAAAAAGGUGACAAUGAAGAUGAAGUUGUUGUUGGUUGGCAAGAAAAAAUCUUCAGUCAGUAUGAGAUGGAGUUAUUCCAGACUGAAGCGGUGUGUCAAACUCCUCUGGACCGACAAUACCACAAAGAAGUCAAGGCCCUCAUCAAGGCCAAAAGCCGACGCAGUCGCAGAAUUUUCACCUACACCGAUCAUGAUCGCUACACCAAUUGUCUUCCACUCCACCAACUGGAGCACACAGAUCUACUGACCACAACCAAAACAGGUCCCACCUUCCUGGCUGAAAGGAUGGCUACUGUCAAAAACAGACGACAAGAACGGCGAACCAUGGACAGUAGCAUUCCUAAAACUAGAAUUAUUAACUGGGAGCCCACAGAAGAGUUUGUGAGGACCAGUCGUGUGGUGAAUAAUGCCAUGCAGACUAUGCACAUCAUGGGGGAUCUGGGCCCUCCUGGAAGGCUUGGUCAAAAAGAGAACGAGUGCCUGCUGAUAACUAUAAAAACCGACGGCCAUGGAACUAUAGUUGUAAAACCUGACUUCAACAAAGGCCGAGAGCCCUACAGGAUUGUCGCUGAGGGAGAAAACCGAGAAAUAUGGCGUCUUACUUUUGAGAACGUAUCAAAAAGCAUGAAGCCAGAGGAAAAAAACAAGGAGCAGAACAUGUAUAAAGAUCUGUAUGUGAGGCACAAAGAGUUCCUCAGUGGUCUUGUUGGACAGGACUUUGAAAUGCCUCCUGCAGGUACACUGCGUUACCUGAUGAACGGAGAAAUAGUCUCAGCUCAAGGCUUUGAAUAUGACAACUUGUACAUACACUUCUUUUUGGAAUUGCCCAAUAAUUGGUCCAGUUUGCCUUCUCAGUCUCUAUCAGAGGUCACCCAGACCUGUCGGACCAAGUCUCUUGAAAAGGAAGAUGUGGCUUUCUUCAGCUAUCCCUUCACUUUUGAGGCUCUUUAUAUGAAGCAAAAAGACGGUGAAGAAGGCAUUCCUCAGUGGCCAGUGAUUUACUUCAAGGUUCUUUCCUUGGACUUCUGGCAGCGCUAUCGAACGGAAGGCUAUGGUUAUCUGCUUUUUCCUGCCACGCCCGGUAAACAUACCAUGACAUGUCACACAUGGAGGCCUGUUCAGACAGGGACUGUGUCUGCAAUGAAGCGCUUCUUUAUUGGAGGUUCUGCUGAGCUUGAAGAUGACAGUUAUGUCAGAACUCCAGGAACAUUCAAGGGGGACAGGCUGAGUCGCUUUGGUUUCUGCACUGUAACCACAGGAAGCGUCACUUUUAACCUGCACUGCAUCCAGCAAGCCAGGGCAUUUGUGGAUGCUGCUGUUCUGAAAAGGAGGAGACAGAAGGUUUUUGAGCAUUUGGGAGGAUUUAGUCAACAAGGAGCUGUUUGCAACAUUCUGGAGGCUUUUCAGAGAGCGAGGAAAAAGAUGCAGGAGGCCAGAGAAAGUUUUCCGAGAGGCGUAAUAAACACUGGUUCCCAACUCCAACAGGAAUCCUCAGCAUGAGACUGAAAACCAAACUUUCAGUGGGACUGAGUGGAAGAAGAUCCUGGCACAGACUCAGAAUUUUGCAAAGAUGACUCUCUAGUGACCGGUCCAGUGAGCAUCUGUGGAACAUUUCAUGUUUUAAGGAUUAAUAAGUCACUUUGUCAGGUUGUAAUGAUGCAAAACAUACAUCAAUCCACCAAAAUGUGGAAAAAGUGACCACACCUGCCUUAGAAACUACAGGCAAAUUUCACAGCAGUUUUUAAUGGCUAAGGAACUUGUUGAAAAUCCACUCGGGAGUUUUUUUUUGUUGCAAUUAACUCUUUUACAAGUUCUAAGCUGCUUUUCACCUCCUGCCCUCUACAGAAGCUGCUGCGCUCAUGUUCUGCCAGUACCUACUGAUGUACGCAGAUACGAGAAAUGUUCUGGUGCUGUUUAAAUCUACUAAAGCUUACUUUUUACUGUCAGAAAUAGCCUAGUGAUUAACAGAAUGAAGCUGAAUUAGCCACUAACCAGGAAAGCCUUUGUGUCGUUUCCCUACAUCAACGGGUCUAUUUGGGGCAAAACAGAGACUCUUGCUUCAUGUCCCUCAAAAGGAUCUUCUCAGAGCUAAUCUCAAUUUACCUGACCCUCUGCUGCUUUACUUUAACCUGGUUCCAUGAAGCACCAUACCAACUUUCAGUUAAAGACAUUUAGCUUUUUUCUCAUUUAAACUCAGUUAAAUUAUUAUUGAUCUGCCCCUUAACAGUACAAAACUAUUGUUACAGUCUACUGUAAAAAUAGAAAUUGAAAUCCUCCUGAAACAUCUUUUUCACAAAUCAAGCAAUCUCUAUAGUCUUCUCCUUCUUUUUAGAGCCGGUCUUAAGGAUCUCGUCAUUCUCAUUUGAUCAGCCUAUGCACAAUUUAUGCAUCUGUUCUUUUGCUAUACUUGAUACAGGGAUGAAUGGUGCUUGGUUCAGAAUAGGAUUUUAAAAACGAUGCCAGUUUGGCUAAAAGAGAUCAUGUUCUCAGGAUUACUGUCAGGAAAAAAAAAUCAGCUGAUUUUAAUUUGUUGGGGUAGUUUUUGCAUUUUAUUGCAUAUAAUUCUACAAAUAAAUGUUUUUGCUACAAAAUAUUUGAAGUUUCAUUGUUGUUAUACAUUUGUUAUUUUAAUUAAAGCAACAUCCUUUUUUUUUUUAAAACAAACCCAACUUUUUAUGUCAUUUUUAUAAUUUUGAAGCCACACUGUAUAUAAGUUACAGGUGAAAAAUAAAGUAUUGGUUUCAUG